AUUUCAGGGUGUUUGUGUUUAUACCUGGGCUAUAAGAGGGCAGUCACAAUGCAGGGCCAGGACACAUCACGUUUUGCUACAGAAGGCACUACAGGAAAUCUGGAUUUACUUGAAGGUGUAUGUCUCUGAAACCUUCUUCACCAUGAAGACAUUUUGCUUCAAUUGUGUGUGCAAUGAAAUGCUGCUCAGCAGCAAGCAAACUGAAAGGAAUUAGCUUCAAUAUUUUUGCUCUUUUUGUUAAGUGGGUGGAAGAAACAAACAGGAUGGCUUCUACAAGUAAAAGAAAUUCUGCAGUGAGAAUUCAAAAUACGUUUUGCCCUGAAGGUGGAGUCUGCAAGCACGGGUUCCUCAUCAAAUCACCACCUCUUCAACUUUUCAGCUCACAGAAUUCCUGGAAAAGGCGUCUUUUUGUCCUGUCCAAAUCCAGCACAGGGAAUUACAUCCUGAAGUAUCUAAAAGGCCAGCACACAAAAGGCUCCAUAGCUGUUGAUCAGAUCAUAAGCAUUGAAGCUGGCAUAAGUAAUGCUGAAAUUAUGGAAACGGUGAGGAAGAUGUUUAAAUGCUUUCCUGAGCAGGUGAUGUCCAUCAGCACUGGAAACAGAUGUUACUACCUCAUUGGGAACUGCAGGCAGGAAAUAGAGGACUGGGUCACUCUGAUAUCUUCAAUCUGCAGGGAGGACAAAAGAAGUGGAUGCUGCCCUCAGAACCAAGAUCUUCCAUAUCCAGAAGUCAGAAGCCGUCCUUCCUCUUUGCCACUAUCCUUGAAUUCUAUAGAUAUGACCAGCUUUCCAGACAGGGAAAGCUUCCAGAAGCAGAAUGGUUCCUCAGAAGACAAGAACAGGCCUUAUUCAGAUCCUGGCCCCCAUCAGGCUCAGUGUGACCCACCAAGAGGAGUUUUUCCAAGCCUGCAGGAUAAAAUUCUGGGAGGAAGUGAGGAAAAUCUGCUGUGGUCAGAUCCAGAGGAAAACAUCAAAAAGGAUGAAGAAGAUUAUUACCAAACUCCCAGCAAUGUUUUAGCAAAGUGCAGUCCUGAAAUAUCAAACCCUGACCCUACAGCUGAGUCUGAUGUCUCUGAGCAAGAGAAGCCAGUGCAGAACAACCCUGUAAGGGAGAACAUUUAUAUGUCAAUGAAAUCACUUAAGCUGCUGGACGCGAGAUGCCAGCUCAUGUGCAGACGUGAUGGGCUGCCAUCCCCUCCCAAAUGCCAGAACAACAGCGCAUGUCCCAGGGACUUGGCAGCAGACAAAGACACAAAAUUCCCAGAAAGCAGCACCAGCCUGCAGCCAACCCUCCAGAGAAGGCAAAACUCCUUACCCCUCUCAGUGGUUCACUUGUCUAUACUGCUCAGUCAAGUUACAGAUGAGAUGCAGCUGCAGAAAUUGGAUAUUUUUGUUCCCCUGGCUGAUAUUAACAAUUACCUAAAACUGACUGAAGCAGCAGGACGAAUCUGCGUUUCUCAGUGGACUGGUCCCCACAGGCUGGGGUGUUUGUUCAACCACGGGGACCACGUGGUGGCUGUGAAUGACCUGCAGCCCCAGGGGGUGGAGGAGGCUUACUUCUUCAUCAGCAGGUCCACGAGAAAGGAGGUGAAACUUACUGUAUGUAGGAUUCCACAUUCAGAUAUCUUCCAUGCUAAAGGCUGCUCAUGUUCCUGAAAAAAAAAAAAUGCUUCAAUGAUUAAUGGUGUUCAAAGGCCUGUUUGUGCUGAAUUCUGCAUAAAUACAGAGGGAACCCCCAUUUCUGGAACUACAGAGGCUGAAAAUGGAAGAAAACACAUUCCUUGGGAGCUCUUGGGAAGCUGCUCUGGGAGUCCUUUGCUCUGCACUGCUGCUUUGAGCACAGCAAAUCCAUUUCUGCCCAAGGAGCCUCUGAGGGGUGGGAUGGGUGCUGUCACUGCACAGGGCUUCUUCCAGCCCUGUGACUCUGUCAGUCUGCUAGGACAGUCCUCAUGGCCUGAACCCUAAAAUCACAGAUCACCUACUUCAGGAGCAUCUACUGAGGAUGCCAUACUCAGCCUUUCCUGGCCAAAGUUUACCUCAGCUCCUCUUCUGAACUUUGGCAAAGGAAAGUCCAAACUUUCCUGUGUUGUUGUUCCAAGACUCAUCUCUCUGUAAAAUCCAGAAUUUUUUUUUCUAAUAUUCAUCCUAGACAAUUUUGAGAAAAUUAACAUGACUUUUUCUUGUCCUGUUUUCAGUGGGCAUAGGGAACAUUUGGGUUGUCACUGUCUGCAGAGAAAUCUUCAUUAUGGAAGGUAUUUUUCUACCUGUUCUCCCUUCUCUUUUUCUUAGACCAAGCAUUCUGCAUUCUUCCAUCAUUUCUUCAAACAGUUCCUGAAAAUGGCUGCAUGACACUGAACUGUGAGACAGAUACCUCGUGUUUCCAGUUAUGGGUGAAUGAAGGUGAGAAAUUGAAAUUCAAAGAAUUUCAUCAAAAAGGAAUCCAAAGCCAUGAAGCAAUUUCCUAGAACUUCAUAGAGAAACAUUUCCCCAAAGAGGUGAACUAGUGGAGAAGAUCUCCUGUGGUGGUGGGAGAAGGGCCACCUCCAUGGAGCCUGCUGCUGAAGCAGAUGUUGAGCACUGCAUGCUGCACCUCUCAGCCAUGGAGGAAUGUUACUUUUGGACAAAACCAGGAUUUGGUUAGAUAUAGCAUGUACAGCAUAAUUCCAGCAUAUUUUAGAGAACUGGGGGAUUACUUCUGUACUUCAGUAAACACUUACAGAUGUGUUACUCCAUAAUUGAUCAUUAUGUCAGUUUGCACAAUGCUAAAUGCAGAUAAUUAAUGUCACAUAUUGGCUGAUUCAUAACACUUGCAGGGAUACAAUAUGGGAGUUACAUUGGUACAGUAAAUUCUGGUAGAGUAUGUGAAGCUGUCUGCCCACAUAUGAUUAAUAAAUAUGCUAACACUUUACAACACAUUGUAUGUUGCACCUCAUUUUCUCCUAACAUGGCCCUUCCUUGUCCUGCAAAGAUUACCUGUAACUUCCCAGUAAUCUGCAGCUGAGUCACUAAACAGCCCUUUAUAAAAAAGCUACACUUAAAUAAAGAUUUGUUUC